AUGCAUAGAAAUUUGGCUGUUUGGAUAACUUUAGGAGAUGGGCUGGAGAAAUUUUCAUCAAAAGUUAUUGAUAAAAAUGCGAAAACUUUUGUAAACGAAUUAAUUCAUGGAAAAAUCAAAAGCGAUAUAUGUGUAAUUGAUCAAAAUAACAAACCAAGUUUCAUUCAUCUUCCUUUUGCUGAAUAUUUUACAGCUGAUUGCAUAUGGGAAGAGUUCAAAAUAGUCGACUCAGCAAAUAUUGGAGGAUUUAUUGAUAGCAUUAUAAUUCAAAAACUUGUAAAUGAAAAUAAAGAACAAGUUUUCAAAUUUUUAAGAUCAAAAGUACAAAAGGAUUUAGGAAAUGAAGAUUUUGUUGAAUCUGAGAAAGAACGCAAUAAUUUUCACACAAGUAAUAAACAUUUUGUCGAUCUUAAGGAAAAACUUGAAACUCUGAUAAAAAUGCUUUCACAAAAAGUACAAGUUGUAUUUUGUCACUCAUUCACAUUAUUACUAGAAAUGAUAGAAUUUAUAUUGAAGAAUCAUCAAGUUAAAAUUACUAAUAUCACUUCAAAUUUUGAAGAUGUUGAGGAUGUUGAGCGUGUUGAAGCUCAUCAGCAUUCUUUACUUUCCCUAUGUGCAGAAAAAGGGUUUGAAGAAAUAGCAAAAGCACUGACUGCAAAUAAGAAAAUGAACAAGGAAAUCUUUAAAAAGAUUUUGAAGAGAGAAGGCUGGAAAAAUACUAUGUUAAUGAAAGCCAUUGAUCAUGACCAGUUCAACAUUGCAAACCUUUUAACUGAGAUGUAUGAUGCUAGUAUAAUUAAAGAUACAUUAGAAGAUUUCAUUAACACUAUUCUUGCAGAGAGAAGUAAUAAAUAUCUGGAAUAUGUAUUAAAGACCAACCAAUUUGAAGUUUGCAAACCUUACACCAUCAAUAAUGAACAGAAGCUGUUAUUAUUUGAAGCCCUUGGGAGUUCUUCUUCUUCUUUAGAUCAGAUAAAAUUUUUGAUUGACAAAACUGAUGUUGAUGUCAUUAAUAAAUUCUUAGACUUUCAUAGAUGGGAUAUGGUUAUUUGUCAGUGGAACUUGUUCUGGUUCAAUCGUGGCGAAGAAGCAAUCAUGCAUGCUAUGAAAAAGGGUAUUAAUAUUUUCAAUGCUGUGAAUAUCAGUUUGUAUGCAUGUAUAACAUUCAUCCCUGUCAGGCCUGGUUUUCCUGAAGAUGUCAAACACUGUUUCAAAAUGAUUAAACUAUUGUUUGAAAGUGGAGUAAGCUUCAAUUGUAAAAAUAUUGACGUUGAUAUUUCUACAAAAUAUAAAUCCCGUUUUAAUGAUCAGGAAUUGGAUCUCAAUAAUUUUUCAUAUGACAGAAAAUGUAAGUCAACAACAUUACGGUAUAGCAAACAAAUAUACGUCACAUACAAGCUAUUAAAUAGAACAAUAAAAUUGCUGGAUGAGGAGAAAUGUGUAAAUAUAUACGGCUCUAUAAACAAAAUAUUCAAACUAAUCAUCAUCAACUAUAGAAAAUGUACCGAUUUGGUAAGUUUCAAAGCCAAUUCUGAAGGUUUUCUAAUAUCUUAUUUUGAACCUGAAUCAUCUGAUCAAUUAUUUCCAAAGAAAACUUGGAAAGAAAUAACUCUCCCCUCCUUCAAAUUUACCCUCAAUUUGCCCCCCGGGUACAGGUUUACUGACUAUAAAAUGAGAAAAGGGGCGCCCCUCCAACUGCUACAGACACGUUGUACGAUGGGUCUUCCCUGCUACGAGCGUACCUUUCCAUUCUCAUAUAGUUACAGUAGUACAAUGAGAAAUGCCCUGCAAGAACUACCUUCUUUGAUAAAUAAAUUCAAAGAUCUUCUUUCCAAUUGUAUCAACGAUGAUAAUUUCUAUUGGACGGAUGAAUACAAAAUCUUACUUUCAAACCUUGACUACUUUAAAGAACAUUUACUAAACGAGGUACUGGUACUUUCAAAGGCAAAUGGCUAUAGUAUUGAUAGAGCAUUGGAUAAGAUAUCAAGAGAAGUACAAAUAUUUAUAGAAUUACACGAUAAAAUAGAGGAAGUAAGAAGUAGAUCACAGAGCGAGACAUUUUCACUGACAAUUGAUGACAUACUAUCAAUAUGGGAUGCAGAAAGUGAUACCUCAAAUGAUACACUACAGAAUGUUACUUCAGUAAUAAAUGAUGAAUGUGAUGACAUUUAUGUGGUGUGUAAUGCGUUGACUAGUUUAUGGGACAAUUUUUUACGAAGACAAACAAUAUCAGAAAACAUAUCAAAUCUUGAAAACGAAUCAAAAUGCUUUUACAAACUAUUAGAAGAUUUAGAUAAAUUAUACAAUGACCUUAGCAAGGCUAUAAUAACUAAGAAUCAUGAAGAAAUAAAACACAUAAUGGAAAAAAAUUACACUUAUAAACAAUCAAUUAUUAAUGGUCAAGAUGAAAAACUUGGCUCACCUUUACACUACGUUGCUUGUAAAGGAGAUGUAGAAACUGCUAAACUUCUUCUGUUUAAUGGAGCAAAUCCCAAUCUCAGAUUAAAUGAAACUGGUACACCUGAACUGCUAUCCACAUUUGAAAAUUUAGAACAAAUGGGAGGAAGUGAGGAUUGGCCAAUGGAUUACUACAGUUGGACGCCAUUACAUUUGGCUGCCUUGAAGGGCCAUAAUGAAAUAGUUCAAGUUUUAAUAGAUAAAGGAGCUAGGAUCAAUAUACAAGUAGUUACUAUUUCUGAGACUAUUUGUAAUGGGUAUACACCACUUCAUUUAUCAAUCAUGCAGAAUCAUUUAAAAACAGCCCAAUUACUUUUACAAAAUGGAGCAUGUUAUGAUGUAAAAAAUUCUCAAAACAAGACACCUCUGGAAUUGACUACAUGUGGAUCUGAUUUAACAGAUCUACUUCAAUGCAUUCGUCAAUUAUUUCAGGCUGUUGAUGGAGAAUGUAGAAAAGAUUUAGUGCGUUCUUUGUUGGAAAGAAAUGAUUUGGAUUCACUGAAAGCCAUUUUAAAUGCCAAAAAUUCUGACAAUCAUACACUCUUAGACACUGCCCAAGCUAAUGAACAUGAAGAAAUAGUGGACUUGCUCAACAAAAAAAUUGAGAUUUUUCAAUGUGAUAUGGAGGACGGCAGGUGAAAUAUCUGACUGCAUAAUUCUGAUAAACUUGCCUCCAUAAUCAAUAGGUAGAUAGCUUACCAAGUAACCAUAAUAUAGAAAACCUUUUGACGACGUGUUAUAGUAAAUGUAUCAUGAAGGGAGGGGAGAUAUAGAGGCUAAAAAAAUGCAAUAUCAAUACAUGUAUGUAUGUAUGUACCUGGGCCUUUCUGCAUUUAUCGCAACAUUAAGGUUUUAAAGGUGGGUCUAGGUAUCUAUAAAGAGUGUGAAUUGGCUCCGCCAUGCACCAUCACCCUACCACUCUUCAUAAGGGUCUCAUACGCAAAAAAACUUUUUAUUAAAUGGAUUUUCAAAUAGCUGACUUUGAACGUAUAAAGUGCAAAAUUUUGUGUACGCGUCAGUUUAUUAAUCUGUUAAUCUUUAAGAUUUACCAAAAUAUGAGUUUGUGAAUUUCGUUAAAUUGGUACCUAUCUUAAUGGUUCAAUUUUAGCUAGGUACACCUUAAGUACAUACAAGAUGCACAAUUAUGUUUUAAUUAAAGCUACACUGAAUUAUCAAAACGAUCUUCUCAUGGGUUUAAUUGUUUCUCUCAUUUCCUCUUGACAGAAAAGAAAAUAUACUGCAAGUGAAAACAGGGACAACUUUAGUAGAGGUUUUACAUUUCCCCCCAUUUUAACAAGGCCAAUGACCUUGAAGAAAAGUCACUUUGAUUCAGAUAGUGCUUCUUUCAGAAAUUGAAUGAAUAAGUAUCAAACUCAGCGCCCUCAAAUAACCAACAAACAACACGCAAUUUCGAAUCUUAUGGUGUUUUGAUCAUGUCCAAUGGCACAAUGAGAAGGAGGAAGGGAAUGCUAGGUCACCGAAUUUGGGUUGAAAAUGAAAAUAAAACCAUUAUUAGGAAGGGAAAGCUAGGUCUCAGAAUUUGGGUUGAAAAUGAAAAUAAAACCAUUAUUUGAACUGAUUCUAUUUUUAGAUUUAAUGGGUGUAAAAAGUAGACAAAAAGUAGUCCAGUAACUACUGAGACUUUUGAAGUUUUUAAAUUAAUUAUUCAAUUUCAUAUUGAUAUAUUUUUUUAAAAAACUAAAAAAAAAGCAUUUUGAAAAAAAUCUUCCAGAAAAAUAUACCUAUGUUGGAAGAAUUGCCUACACGGUUUGCUGUAAAUAAUUGGUUGUACUUAUUACGGUGAACUAAGUAUGCAAUUCUAUUAACACCAUCACGUUGUUGUGGUAGGGAGGGGACUUGUAAUUUUCACGCAUCUGUGAUUUUUUAAUAAACUGCCAAAAUUUGGAGGCCAGAACUCAAAACUGGAUGAACUUGAAGGGAAUGUAGUGAAUCUGUUAGUAGGGUUUUAAAAAGAACGAAAAAAAGAUUCAAAAAGAAGUAGUUAAAAUUUGAAAAACUCUACUUAGAAUAUUCAGAUUACAUAAACGUAAAUUUUUCUAGAUGAAAGACCACAAACAUCAAAAGCUAGCAUUUGAAAAUUUGAAAAAUUGUCGAGAUAGAUGAUUCUUUUUCAUUUUCGUAAGAAUGAAACUAUUUUGCUGGAGCGCGCUUUCAUACCGAAAGUUGACUUCGAGCUUUUUAAACGUAUGGUUAAGUAUGAGUAAUAGGUACCUAUUGAUUUUGUAUUUCUUGUUUAAAAAUGACCAUUUAGACCAUUUUACCGAAGAAAUUUUUCCCAAAAACAUACUUUUCAAAAAGAAAACAUUUCUUGCACUUUCAGUAACAAAAUGAAACAUUCAACAAUAUUGACGAAAAAUGAGUCUGCUCUAUAGUUUUAAAGAAGUAAGCUUUUUUUUUGCAAUUUUGACAAACAAAAAGUAAGUUUUUCGGGCAAUGACUGGAAAAAAGAAGUCUUCUCGAAAUUUUCUGGUCAUUCAAAUUAAAAAGCUGAUUGCAUUGUUUUUUUUGGGUGGAGGGGAGGCAUUUGCGCUGAAGUCGAAUCUUUUGGAAUAAAAUUCCAAAAUAUUCCGCAAGAAUUACAAAGCUUCUUGACUUCUGCAGAUGAACAAAUUUCCAUCUUGAUUAGUUCAUCUAAAAUAACCAGACUCAGUGCCAUCAAAGUAAUUCGAACAUUGAAAACCAUUCCGACCUAUAAGAAUAAGAAGAACUUCAUUUCAAUGUAUCUGCGCUCCGUUUUACCUAUACAAGAUCGCCUAUAAUAGAUGCUUUCGACUCUGAAAAUACCAAUAAUCUUUUGGUAAUUGAAAGUGAAGCUAUAGAAGUGAUUGAUAAAUGGAAAUUGCUUCAUAGAUUAUGUUCAAUAAUAGAACGUCGUCGAGACAAAAAAAUUAUUCUGAUUGCUCAAGAAAAUGAUGUGUUGGCUGAGGCGUUUGAAGGAGUUUUUUCUGAAAAUAAUAAGUGCAGUAAGAAGAAAGAUACGGAGAAUAGCUUAACUGAUAUCACACAGGAGACGCACAGUAAAUUACUGGCAAAUGAAAUAGUUAAAGUUCAAUUAACCAAUGCUAUCAAGGAAGAAUUAUUGUACAGUUUGUUGAAAACAAAUGUUUUUUCAACUUUGAUUUUAAUUUUAAAAAAGCGGUUCCUGAAGCUUUUUUUAAAGGAAAACAACAUACCUGAUUUCUUCUUCAAAAUUGAAUAAAUAUUAUUUUCUUUGCAUUUUGUUCAGGUAAAAUUUCAAAAAAUUUGCUAUUUUUUAACUUAGGAAAGAAUGAAAUUAAUUUGUGACGUCACUAUGAGCUUAAUUUAAAAUUAAAAUGUAAUGCAAAAAAUUGCGGUAAAAUCGUAAAAUUUUGUAAAGUUUUGCAUUUUUAUAAUGUUUAAAAUGUUUUUUAAACACAUUGAAAAUGAAUUUUAAACGACCUGUUUUUUUUUUCACAUCACCAAGUUUAUGUGCACUUUAUGUUUUUAUAUGAAACCCAUUUGAUUUAAAUGUGUUCAACCUAUUACAUACAAUACCUACCUAAUAUGAAUUUGUUUUCACUGAUUUUUUUUAACAUGAAUAUUUUGUAUUUGAAUAAGAAAUUUAAUACCUAUCUCAUUUCAUUUCUUCAGUUGAGUACUUAGAUAGGUACCUGUUAUUUUACUUUCAAAUAGGUAGAUGCAUUAGUAGGAAUAUAACUAUAUUUUAUAAAUUGAAUCUUAAUUUAUUCAUUUGAUUGUGAUACUUCAAUAAUCUCAAGUACUACAUUAAAAUUUUUUUAAAAUUAA